AUGCAGUUGGACGAUCUCUCCAAAGCCAAGCUUCAUAAAGAUAUCGAGGACCAUCCGGACGCCUCUUGUGAAGACGUUGUUCGGCUGCGACCUAAUCUCUACGGUGGAGUUCUCUUGAAUAGCGUGCGCAACCGGUUCCAUUAUCUGAGACGAUUGAAAGAGCAGAAACCCAAACAAUACUGGAAGAUUUAUGCUGAGGCUUGUUCGUAUGCUCUUAGAAAAGGCGUUCCAGUAAACGAGACGGAAGAAGAUAGAGCCUUUGACGGUGUGCUUGAAGAAGAAGAGACGAUUCCUCCUCCAGCUGUUAGCAACGAGACUGUCACUGCUCCUGCCACCAACAACUUGGACGACAGCCAUUCCAAUCUGAAGACUUGGGGCACUGCGACCAGAACCAGACGAAUCUCUACACGCUCCCGAACGGCCGCUGCUGCCAAGAAGACAGACACCUACGCCUGA